GUGUCCCUAUAGAUGGAGAUAUACUUGAUGGCAGAGUAGGUGUCCCUAUAGGUGGAGAGACACUCAGUGGGGUAGCAGGUGUCCCUACAGGUGGAGAUGUACUCGGAGAGGCAGUAGGUGUCCCCUUAGGUGGAGAUCCACUCAGUGCAGGAGUAGGCAUCCCUAUAGGUGGAGAUACACUCAGUAGGGUAGCAGGUGUCCCUCUAGGAGGAGAUAUACUUGAUGGUGGAGUAGGUGUCCCUAUAGGUGGAGACACACUCAGUGGCGUAGCAGGUGUCCCUAUAAGUGGAGACACACUCAGUGGGAUAGCAGGUGUCCCUGUAGUUGGGGAUACACUCAGUGGGGUAGCAGGUGUCCCUAUAGGAGGAGAUAUACUUGAUGGUGGAGUAGGUGUUCCUAUAGGUGGAGAAACACUUAGUGGGGUAGCAGGUGUCCCUAUGGUUGGGGAUACACUCAGUGGGGUAGCAGGUCUCCCUAAAGGUGGAGACACACUCAGUGGGGUAGCAGGUGUCCCUCUAGGAGGAGAUAUACUUGAUGGUGGAGUAGGUGUCCCUAUAGCUGGAGACACACUCAGUGGGGUAGCAGAUGUCCCUACGGUUGUGGAAACACUCAGUGGGGUAGCAGGUGUCCCUAUAGGUGGAGAUGUACUCGGAGGGGCAGUAGGUGUCCCCUUAGGUGGAGAUCCACUCAGUGCAGGAGUAGGCAUCCCUAUAGGUGGAGACACACUCAGUGGGGUAGCAGAUGUCCCUACAGUUGUGGAAACACUCAGUGGGGUAGCAGGUGUCCCUAUAGGAGGAGAUAUAGUUGAUGGUGGAGUAAGUGUCCCUAUAGGUGGAGACACACUCAGUGGGGUAGCAGAUGUCCCUACAGUUGUGGAAACACUCAGUGGGGUAGCAGGUGUCCCUACAGUUGUGGAAACACUCAGUGGGGUAGCAGGUGUCCCUAUAGGUGGAGACACACUCAGUGGCGUAGCAGGUGUCCCUAAGGUUGGGGAUACACUCAGUGGGGUAGCAGGUGUCCCUAUAGGUGGAGACACAGUCAGUGGCAUAGCAGGUGUCCCUAAGGUUGGGGAUACACUCAGUGGGGUAGCACAUCUGCCUAUAGGUGGAGACACACUCAGUGUGGUAGCAGAUGUCCCUACAGUUGUGGAAACACUCAGUGGGGUAGCAGGUGUCCCUAUAGGAAGAGAUAUAGUUCAUGGUGGAGUAAGUGUCCCUAUAGGUGGAGACACACUCAGUGGGGUAGCAGAUGUCCCUACAGUUGUGGAAACACUCAGUGGGGUAGCAGGUGUCCCUAUAGGUGGAGACACACUCAGUGGGGUAGCACGUCUCCCUAUAGGUGGAGACACACUCAGUGGGGUAGCAGGUAUCCCUCUAGGAGGAGAUAUACUUGAUGGUGGAGUAGAUGUCCCUAUAGGUGGAGACACACUCAGUGAGGUAACAGAUGUCCCUACGGUUGUGGAAACACUCAGUGGGGUAGCAGGUGUCCCUAUAGGUGGAGACACACUCAGUGGGGUAGCAGGUGUCCCUAUGGUUGGGGAUACACUCAGUGGGGGAGCAAGUGUCCCUAUAUGUGGCGGUCCUCACAGUGGGGGAGUAGAUGUCUCUAUAGGUGAAGGUACGCUGGAUGGGGGAGCAGAUGUCUCCAUAGGUGGAGAUACAGUCCAUGCAGUAGCCGAUGUUCCUAUAGAUGAAGGUGUCCCUAUAAGUGGAGAGAGGGUGUUGGGAGAGAGAUCAGGGGCCUCUGUAGGUGGAGAUCUGCUCGAUGCGGGAACAGAUGUCACUCUAGAGGGAGAGAUGCUCAGUGUGACAGCAGGCCUCCCUGUCGGUGGAGGUUUGUCUGUGGGAGAUCUGCCUGGCUUUGGAGAUUCGCUUCUCAGGAGACAUCAGAGAGCUGUCCCACCUGCUGGAGAUCUACCUGUCAUGGGACCAAUUCCCAGGCGAGAGAUCGGCAGUGCAGGCCCGCUGGGCGCUGAGCUAACCAAAGUAGUGUGGCUUAGAAUCGAGGAAGUCACUGCCCCUAACGUAACAGUGGACGUCUUAUCUAACAGUGUAUUGGAAAUUACCUUAAAAUUGAAACUACACAUUGCAGUUAAGAGUCCCCUUGACCUCUUAGGUGAAAUAAUUGAAGUUGAAGUGCUCAAGAACAUCACCAUUGCAAUCAGAAGGGGAAAUACCAGCCUCGUCCUUGAGGAGUGCAAAACCCCUUUUGGUUACAUGGACAUCAAAGUUCUGGAAGCAUCUUCCCUGCCACUGGAGAAUGAAAUCCUGACCCUUGUAACGUGUGUACUGGACAGAACCCUGCCUCAGAUCCUGCAAAAGACUUUGUGCCCAGUGAUAAAUGCUGUUGUGUCCAGCUUGUAUGGAACAUCCUUAAGCAUAGCAAGACUUGUGAUGUCACCUCCUGGAGGGAACAGCCCAUCUUCCAUCUUUAAAAUGUCGUUUAAUCCCAACAUCAUUGUGCUAGAAUUGACAGUGGGGAAACAGAAGAAAGUCAUGUGA